AUGGAUGUUCGGGAAGGAACAUUCCAAGAUUUUAUGACCGCAUUUAAAGUGAUAUUUAACGAGAAUGGAUCUGCCAACAGAAUGGAGGCAUACGUUAGUCUCAAAAACCUCUCAUCCUGGACUAUCUCGGAGUACUGCGCGCGGUUGGAACAGCUAACGAGGGCAGCCUAUCCAGAAUCGGCGGAAAGAGAACUCUCCAUGUUGCAUACCGGAGAGCUAAUUGCACAAUUCCCUGAAUGA